GAUCCUUCAAACUCUCAUUAUUUAGACAACUCCAUUACAAAUCUCAAGUAAACAGAUAAACUCACAAAACUUGACUGCUUAAAUCAUUAAACAAAGGCGCACACACAGACACAGACACAAAGAACAUGUCACCCACUCUGUCUCUACCAAUUUCCCAAGCUUUUAUUGGCAAGCCUCAGGAUCAUGUAAAAGAAACCCAUCAACCCAAAAGCACAAACAGAGAAAACCCAUGUCAGCAAACACCAAAAGAUGUCAAGCUUAGCAAAAGAAAGCUACUAAGCUCCACUGCAUUAGGCCUUCUAGGGGCAGGGGUCUCUGUAGCUAAGCCUGCAAGAGCUGAGCCAGAGUCUCCAAUUGCAUCCACUUCUAGCAGAAUGUCAUACUCAAGUUUCUUGCGGUACUUAGAUGAAGGUGUUGUAAGGAAAGUAGACCUAUUUGAGAAUGGGACGGUUGCGAUCGCUGAGAUAUACAAUCCUGCUCUUGACAAGAUCCAGAGAGUCAAAAUACAGCUACCUGGAUUGCCACAAGAGUUGCUGAGGAGAAUGAAGGAUAAAAAUGUGGAUUUUGCAGCUCAUCCAGCGGAGAUCAAUUGGGGUGCUGCAAUAAAUGACUUGUUAGGGAAUUUCGCUCUUCCGCUGAUUUUUCUUGGCUCUUUGUUGCUUAGGACAUCAUCCACCAACUCUCCUGGAGGUCCCAACUUACCCUUUGGACUUGGCAGGAGCAAAGCCAAAUUUCAGAUGGAACCUAACACUGGCGUGACAUUUGAUGAUGUUGCUGGAGUGGAUGAAGCAAAGCAAGAUUUUCAGGAGAUAGUUGAGUUCUUAAAAACUCCAGAGAAGUUUACUGCAGUUGGUGCAAGAAUUCCGAAAGGAGUGUUAUUAGUAGGGCCACCGGGGACUGGAAAGACACUGCUGGCUAAGGCAAUUCCAGGGGAAGCAGGGGUUCCAUUCUUUUCAUUGUCAGGAUCAGAGUUCAUUGAGAUGUUUGUGGGUGUUGGGGCUUCAAGAGUGAGAGAUCUUUUCAACAAGGCAAAGGCAAACUCACCGUGCUUGGUAUUCAUUGAUGAAAUUGAUGCUGUAGGGAGGCAGAGAGGAACAGGAAUUGGAGGAGGCAAUGAUGAAAGAGAGCAAACAUUGAACCAAUUAUUAACUGAAAUGGAUGGUUUUACAGGGAAUACAGGCGUCAUUGUUAUUGCUGCUACAAAUCGGCCGGAAAUUCUCGAUGCUGCUUUGCUGAGGCCUGGAAGAUUUGAUAGGCAGGUUACUGUCGGAUUACCGGAUAUAAGAGGGAGGGAAGAGAUACUAAAGGUGCAUAGCAACAACAAGAAGCUUGAUAAGGAUGUUUCUCUUAGUGUUAUUGCCAUGAGGACUCCUGGAUUCAGUGGUGCAGAUUUGGCAAAUCUCAUGAAUGAAGCGGCCAUCCUUGCUGGUAGGAGAGGCAAAGACAGGAUCACCCUGCAAGAAAUGGAUGACUCAAUUGAUCGAAUUGUGGCUGGAAUGGAAGGAACCAAGAUGACAGAUGGAAAGAAUAAAAUUCUGGUUGCUUAUCAUGAAAUUGGACAUGCUAUUUGUGCGACAUUGACUCCGGGGCAUGACCUUGUACAAAAAGUAACUCUGAUCCCCAGAGGCCAAGCUAGAGGAAUUACAUGGUUCUUACCAGGUGAAGAUCCAUCUCUAGUCUCCAAGCGACAAUUAUUCGCAAAGAUAGUUGGUGGGCUAGGAGGCAGGGCAGCAGAGGAAGUGAUUUUUGGUGAACCAGAAAUCACCACUGGUGCAGCUGGAGACUUGCAACAAAUUACUCAGAUAGCUAGACAGAUGGUAACAACAUUUGGAAUGUCGGAGAUUGGACCGCUGGCACUAGUUGAUCCAGCCGUGCAAAGUGGUGAUGUGGUAUUAAGGAUGCUUGCAAGGAACAACAUGUCUGAAAAACUUGCUGAAGACAUUGAUAGAUCAGUAAGAAAUAUAAUAGAAAGUGCACAUGAAAUUGCAAAGGAACAUAUAAGAAACAACCGGGAGGCAGUCGAUAAACUCGUGGAGGUGCUGCUGGAGAAGGAGACCCUAGCAGGAGAUGAAUUCAGAGCAAUAUUAUCAGAGUUUACUAAUAUACCUACAGAGAAUGUAAAUAGAACCUCUAUUCGGGAAAUGAUCACGGCUUAGGUAGUCCCACAGGCCACAGAUAUAU